CUCAGUUUCGCCUCGACCAUGGAGAGGUAUCAAGAUGGAUUAUCUCUUCAAGGCUCUUCUGUGGGGAACGAUACCAAGACAUGCCUCGAUAGACGCCCUCUAGCACGUUCAGAGGCAUUGUAUGAAGAUUUGGGAGAAAGCGGUUUCAACGCGUCUCGACCGCCGCGUCAUGCGCUGAAUAGGAAGGAUUCUAAAGGAAUUGGGAGCGGACCUUUCAAAGGUCGACGUGGUGACCCGAUCAAAUUGGAUGUGGAUGAUUCAGGCUCUGAAGACGAGCUCCUUUUAUCGGAGGAUAAAGAAUCAUCGAUGGAUUGCGUGGUUGGUCGCUCAAAAACUGUGGACCAGGAGAAGAAGUUGGAACCAGAAGACAUUCACCAGAAGGCUGUUCUGAGGACCAAAUCUUUGCAGGGUCUCAAAUUCAACAAGCACAAAACUAAUCAGUCAACAGGCGAUAAAUCAACCUCGAAGGAGAAUCAAAGGUCCAUGAACUCUGGCCCCCACUCAGAAGAUUCUGAUAGUCGAGCUCAGAAACAGUUACCUGGUCGCAAACCGUCCUUUCCCGAUCAAUCUUCCUCUGUUCUAAAACCGGCUUGUCAUAUGGAUCGCAAUGAGGAACAACCCAUAUCUACGAACUCCUCUCGUUCAAAACCACAAGCCACUUCUUCACAAUCUUCCGAAAAGAACACUCUUCAUCGAAAGCCCACAACACGGUCGAAAACCUCUCAACAUGCAGUUUCACUAUCCCCAGACGAAGAAGAAAAAGUCAACAGCAAGAGAGAGAAGAUUAGGAGAGGUCGGAAGCCGAAUCGUGUUUCCCAUUCUUCUCCUUCUGCAUCGCCAGAGCGCACAGUGAACCGGAAGCCUCGCGGAUUCCCUGAACUUUCUCCCCUAAAAACGGGUUCCGGUGAAUUUUCAGCCCCUUCCCGGUUUCCUUGCAACGAAGACCCUGAUCGUACACCUGCUCCCAACAAAUCGAAACCUCGUCAGCUUCCUUUACCAUCUCCCCUCUCCUCACAACCUGCCUCGGACUACACGAAUGCGAAAGGAAAGGAGAAAUCGCGUCACGAAGAAUCUCGAGGCUUGUCUAAAACACGGCCUUUUCCUCUGGCCAUUGGGGGCGACUCCACUGGAAGCAGUUCACCGUCCGAUACUUCUAUGGGCGGUAGAGCUCGAAAGAGACUUUCCGACGAUGUUGAGGCAAACGAUCUAACCAGUAGGAAGCGAAAACGUCGAGAAAAUGCAUUUUCACUCUCCCAAGAUAUAGUUCUGCAGGACACUUAUGACCAUGAAGAGGAGGAAGAUUAUGAUUCGUUCUUCAAUAGUAAUAUCGACCCAAAAAUGCUCUGCCCCUUUUGCGAUAGCCGCCUUCCGGAGGCUCCUUCUCCCCUUCUACAAUCAAUGAUAAAAGACGCAGUCGAGAAGUCGAUACCACAACCGCGACCCACCAAUCGAUUAGGAAGAAAGGCAGCGAUGAACAUCUACAUCCACAUUUGUCAGCGGCACCAUUUCGAAGCUGAACUCCUUCCCCAAGCUGAAGCAAAAGGAUGGCCUAAGACUAUUGAGUUCAACAAAUUGGAGGCAAGGGUAGCGAAGUUGAGAUCCUAUUUGCAAGGCAUUGUGGAGGACGAUAAAUGGCAAGACCAAAUGAGCGGAGAUUCUGACCUUUGGGAGCUUGUAGCGCACAGUCCCCGUGCACUCUGCAUAUUCUGGCAGGAAGCGCUUAAAGAUGUCAAAGAGAAAGGCUCAAAGGUGGCUGCGAACGUCAAGAAUCAAUUUUCGAGUUUCGACAGAACUCAGCCUGGAUACUACGGCGAGCUUGGCUCUAUUAUCAUUCAUCAUGCUCUUUAUGACCUGUUCCCGCCUGCUUCCAUCGAGCCCAAACUUGUUGAACCUUUAGAUCCUAAAGAAUUCAUUCAACGAGUUCUUGUCCCUGAAGUCGGGGUUCGACUGAUUAUGGAAGACAGGAAGUUGCGGGGAGCUUCUGGUUUCAACGAGGCGGUGGAAAUUCUCAGGGAAAGCUCAGCAUAUGGAGUCGCAAUGUUUCCAGAGGAUGAUGGUGGUAGUGGUGACUCGCGUAAGAGCCAUAAACGGGAGGGGACCAAGUCAGAGACCGCUACAGUUGAUGCCAUGCUCCAAGCGAAAGCCCGCAGAAGACGCAUAGAGCUAGCGGAAGAGGAGGAGGCGGAACGGGAAGAGAAUGAAAUCUGGAGACAGAAGAAGAAGAAGCCUCACGAGGCGCCUGUUGCUACCAUUGCACAACCUGCUGCAACACGUCCAAGACCUAAACCAAAGAGAGCAGGCAAGCAAUCAUUCCAAACUGAGGGCCCAGAGACUGAGAGUGCUCCCUCCGAGCUGGAAUACGACGAUAUCGACGGAGGUCUAGCCAAUGUACUGUCCGAGAAAGACCGCCUCGGUUGGGACGAGCUAAUGAAGCUUGAAGCGGAGUGGAAGCAAAUGGAUAUCGACUUCAAUACGCUUCCUCCUUCUUCUCUUGAAGGAACUCCUAUGGAGAUUCCCAUCCCUUCUUCCCCUAGUGGAAGCCAGACCAGUCGCUCGGGCCACAAAUCAAAGCGAAAGGCUGCCGAAAGAGCGAAUUCCAGGAUCAUCAGUAUCUCUUCUGAAGGUAGCUCAGAUGAGGCCGAUUCGCGAUCAGAGGACAAUCAACCCAAGAGGAAACGAAAGGCAGCUUCGAGAACGCCGAAACUGUUUACAGACGAUAACGAUAACACACCUAAGCCGCCGAAGAAAAGUGUAUUGCAGAUGGCACGAGAACGGAAACAUAAAGGCGAUGGCGGAAGUGAAUUAUGGUCUCGAUCGAUGCGCUCAGACCCUCCUUCCUCACCCGUUUCACCUGCUCAUUGGCUGCUGAGUGACGAUUCAAAGCAAUCUUCCCAAGCCUCACCGUAA